AUGAAAUGGCCAGCAAUCGUGGCGUCGUGGCUGAUCGCCGUCACAGGUGCCGUCAUCGAUAACGACUACAACUCGCUUGAAGACGACGUCAUGGAGAUAUCGCAUUCAUCAGAAACCCACCACAAACCCGUGCGAUUCAGGAACUGCACGAGAGACACCGAUAUCAUUGAUCAACUUCUCAAUGGCACUGGAUACAACAAGUUUCGAAUACCACGUAAUCUCUCAUUGAAUCAUCAGGUGCUCGACCGUUUGUGGACGCCGAACAGCUGUUUUAUAAAUAGUAAAGUUGCUCAAAUACACGACUCACCCUUCAGCUAUCGAGUACGGGUAAAAGGACCAUGCUCAUUGGAACUUAGCAAUUUUCCGUUGGAUUUACAAACAUGUGGAUUGAUCUACGAGAGGUAG